GUUGUUGUGAGAGCUCGCGACGGCUGGAGAUGACGAGACGAGACUGUGCGAUCUUACCAGGACAGGAUGUGGUUUCUCUUGGAGACAGUUUUGACCGUGCUGGCGGUCGUGGUUGACCGCACAGCGGCAUGCUCCGACUGGGAGACGCAGAUUAAUAUCUCCAUGUGCAAUUGGCAAGAGUUGAGAGCCAAUGUCAUCCGAGAUAUAAUCUAUCUCGAUGGAGGGGAGCUGUGGUUUCAGCAAGGAUUUUCGGACGGCUGCGUCAACUACAACAACGAUGGAAAUGCGGACGGCUAUAUAUAUUAUCUCAACCUCUCCACGUCAUUCAACACCAGCUCGAAUUUCAUGACCGUCCUGAGCAAUUCCACCGUCGCCGGGGGUGCUGCCACUGACAUCGCUCCGAAUUACAUUGACGGCUACAUGUUCGCUAACGAUGACGAAUUCUAUCUCUACGGGGGUAUGCUGCGUCUCACCAACAGUACCCAGUCCCCGUCGGGAGAUGAAGUCAUUGGCUACGAGGCCUAUCAGUACGGUCCCUAUCGUGAGAGUUUUACACCUGGAUGGUAUGAAGAAACGCUCUCAACCGGUGUCACACGGUACAUCACCAACGGCGCGGGCGCGUCGGCGCCCAGCGAGAACCUGGGCUUCUACUUUAGCGGAAUGCGAGCCCCAGACUGGGGCCCCUUCACUUUUGACGGGAUGGAGUCGAACACGACGGCGAACACGCUUAUAACAGUCGAUAUGUCAGUAAUGCGCGACGAGAAAUGGUACAAUACCUCGCUGCCGGACUAUAUCCCCGGUCGGGCGAACGCAGGACUGGUUUGGGUACCCGUGGCCGAGUCCGGAGUAUUGGUAGCCAUUGGGGGAGUGGUUGAUCCCGUUGAAAUGUGGCAAGAUACAGGGCUGAGCACAAACCAGACGGAGCUCAGCGAGAGCGUCAGCCCGACGUUCAUGGAGACGGUCUCUGUUUAUGACGUGAAUACUAAGACAUGGUAUCUUCAGAACACAACGGGCGAUACACCUCCGCAAUUGACACAAUUCUGCGUCGUGCUCGCCAGCGCCCCGGACGGUUCGUCUCAUAAUAUUUACCUUUACGGAGGGUACAACGGUAUCGACUAUGAAGCAGACCCAUCAGACGACGUAUACAUCCUAUCUCUACCCUCUUUCCAGUGGAUCAAAGCAUACAACGGAACGAGCACACAUGGACGCAGCGGGCACCAAUGCAUCAAGGUUUAUCCAGAUCAGAUGCUCGCUGUUGGCGGGGUGCAUGUCGGCCCGACCAACUGUCUAGAGGGAGGAAUCAUCGUCAACUUCAACCUCAAUACGUUACUAUUUCAGGAUGACUAUAAUCCUACUCAGUGGAGCGAUUAUCAGGUUCCUGAUCUCGUAAUAGCGCAAAUCGGGGGGAACUCUUCAGGAGGCGCAACCACCACUGCGCCGUCAUCCUGGACCAACACUUCUCUGGCGAAGAUCUUCGAUACGUCAUAUAACAAAACUAUUACGACGUACUGGCCUUAUGGCACCUCCGACACAACUACUACUAGCACAUCCGACCACAAGAGCGACGGCUUGCCUCAUUGGGCGGCGGCAGUGAUCGGCGUAGUCUGCGGUCUUGUCGUCGUCGCUCUCCUUGUGUGGUUCUGGUUCUAUCGGCGCCGUCGCCAUCAACGACGGGUUGCGGAAGCCGAAGCUGUAAAGGAGACAGGCACCACGGAGCAGCCAAAAUGGAUGUAUGGGAGUGGCCCAAUGGCCCCUGGACCUGGACCGAAAUCUACAUCCACCGCCGUCGAAACGGUGGCCAAUGAAUCUACGGCAGAUGACUCGGUCGCCACGGCGGCUACUCCUGGAACAGUGGAGUCUGGCGGGGGCGUACUGUAUGAGAUGCAUGAUUCGUCGCCCGCCGAACUUCCUGGGGAUUACGGGAUGCCCUUUCGCACACCUAUCCUUUCUCCGCAGCCUAGCCCGAUGUUGGACUCUCCAUUUCCUGGCGACCAGCCGUCGCCCGUCUCGCCACAAACCCCUGCCGAGUCUGAUUCGGGACAAUCUUCUCGGCCGGGUCACCGCCGCAGCCCAUCCUCGUUGUCGACGGUGCCAUCCUUGUCAAUUGACAAUGUGGUGACGAGUCGGACGACCUAUUUCCAUGAAGCCUUUGAUACCGGGAAUAUGCAACGAACACGCCAUGGGUCAGAGAUCUCAGAGGCGAGCGUCAGCUCUGAGGGGAGAGAGCGGUUCGGAAACGAGACAAUCCAUGAGCUUAACGAGUAAUUGAAAGUAUAUCAGAAGGUACGAAUUUCUCUUCAAUAUGAUUUUCUUUGCGUGUCUCA